AUGGCAACGCCGCCGAUGUCUCGGACCCAGCAAAGGGAGAGAAACCGAAAACUUUCCACGGCAGAACCACAACAGCGCGGCGGUUCGUCAGCUCGUGUUGCCUGGACAUGUCUCACCAUCCUCCCACUCGUGCGGUUCGGCGUCCCGCCCAGCCGUUUUCCCAAUCUGUCCAUGUCCGGCCUGUCUUGCCAAAACCCCCCGUCGCGUUCAGACGAGAAUCAGGAUGGGCACGUACUCGCUCACGAGGGGAAGGAGGAGGAGGAGGAGGAGGAGGAGGAGGAGGAGGAAAAAGCACCCAACUCGUCCCCAACCGUCGUCUGA